CUGCUGACUUUCUAGUUUCUAGGUAUUUAUAGGAUCAAUAGCAUUCUCAUUUCUCACAUUCUUCAUCAUUCAUCUCUUCAUUACCAACUUUAUCAUUCUCCCUCCCUUCUAUUCACUUCAACACAAAACAAAAAUUUGCAAUAAAACUGACACACAAUUAGUUUUGAGUACAAAAGAAAUAUGAAGUUGGGAGAAAAUGGAUUUACUUCUGAUAAAGAAAUUCAACUAACAGUUUGUAAAACCUCUCUUUUCUUCAAUGGUGAUGGUUUCACCGUUUAUGAUUGUCAUGGCCAACUCGUCUUUCGAGUCGACUCGUAUGGUCGCGAUCAACUCGAACUCGUACUCAUGGACGCUUCUGGUCAUUGCCUCCUCACUGUCAGCCGUAAGAGGCCAAGCUUACACAAUAGAUGGGAAGGUUACUUAGGAGCAGAAAGAAUGGAAGGAUCAAAUCUAAAGCCAAUAUUCAGCGUAUUUAGAUCAUCAAUGAUCGGACGGUCAGGAGUAAGUGUAGAAACAUAUGAAAAUACAGGUGAAGAAUAUCAUACAGAAGGUUCAUUUGCACAAAGAAGUUGUACAUUUUAUGUUACAAAAACUAGACAAAUUAUGGCUGAGAUCCAAAGAAAAGUGGAUGCUCCAUCAAAUGUCAUCUUGGGCAAAACCGUCUUUUCACUUAUAAUCAAACCCGGGUUCGACGCCGCCUUUACUAUGGGCCUUGUCAUGGUGUUGGACCAGAUUAGCUCCGAUGGGCUUGUGGAUACCAUUACUGGUUUUGAUCCUGAUGAUAGCAAUAUUAAUAGUCUUGACUCAAUCAGCCCAAAAAUUGGGCCCAUUGAUGUGACUUUACUUUAAACUUUUGGAUCACAUGGGAACGAAUCAGGUGAUAGGGCUAUAGGGGACAAUUUGAUAAAGUCCAUUUCGUAUGGGCCCAACCCGGCCCUUUUUCUUUGAUUGAUUUUUCUCCGUUUACUUUUUUAUUCAUUUUUGUGAUAAAAGUGAUAUAUGUUAAUUUUGUGGACCUAAUAUGUUAUUUCGUUUUGGUAGGUGGUCUUGUCUUUGUCUAUUAAGAUAUUAUUUGUGUGUAAAUUAUGAAUUCUUAAAUAAUCAAAGAAGUGAUGCUAAAUGCUUUGUUUUUCUUUUCUAA